GACACCACAAUAAAUUCAUCAAAACCCUCGAAGGUUUCCUCAGGUCUCGAGAAAGAACAGGAUUGGAUUUUCUCUGUCCAAUCACUGUUAUCAGCUGCUGGCCUCAAUGGCAAAGUGUGCUUUGAGUCAUGUAUUGUCAGAUUGCAUUCACCCGAAAGUCCAUUGGACCCGUCCUCGAGAGAAAAAUAUGCCAACUCGAAUGACAAGGAGCAUCUGCAUGAGGCUAAGCUACGACAAUGGAGAUCAAACAGGAAGCUCGUAGUCGACUGCGUCAAUGCAGCAGUACUGGAAAUCACAGGUUAUGGAUCGAGCAGUUGCAUGAGAAACAUGUCAUCGGGCUGGUCCAUGCAUGUAAGGGACAUGGAGAGUUUAUCAUCAUCACUGGAGAACCAUGUAUGUUCCCAAAUUAAGGAAUGGAUUUCCGGCGACAGUAAUCGUUUGGUGGAUGACGAUGAUGGUGAUGAGGACAGCAACAGCCUGGUGGUCGAAAGGGUGGUGCAGAAGGAAGUGGUGGGUAAAGGGUGGGUCGACCAAAUGAAAUCGGAAACAGAUAACUUAGGAAGUGAGAUAGGAGGGAAGUUGCUACAAGAGCUUGUGGAAGAGGCCGUGGUCGAUUUGACCGGUACGGUGUUCUGUCUAAGCUCUUAUUUUUAAGUUCUCCCCUCCCUGUAUUUA